GUCCCCUUUAAACACUCGGCAACCGUUAAGACAGGGCCGUGAUAAUAGACGGCAAAGGAGCCGAGUGUCACGUUUCGGUGGAUCGACGACAGCGGAGCUGAUCGGCAAGAUGAUCGCGUUGCUCUGGUCCUUCCUCCUGCUCUUGUCGAUGCUCCUCGCCUCGAGCCAGGCCUUUCUCACCGCGCCCGUACCAGGAUACGCCCAUGGACUUACGACUUACACAUCAGCCAUGAAGCAUAGCAUGGAAAAGAGUCGGCAAACAGCAGCUUCCGAGCUCGAAGAUGCGAGGUUAGACGAAGCCGAGCGCGAGGAGUCUGCGAUAGAGCAUCAUCAUCGUCAGCAGCAGCAGCCGUCGGCGUCGGAUCGCAGAGGCGAGGAGCAGACCGUUUACGUAAUUGAAUUCGAGACGGAGGAGGACGGGAAGGGGGAAAGUCGCCGAAAUCGCGGCGGUAAAGACAUGAACGACGAAAGCAGCGAUGGUCAGAGUCCUCUGGACCCGUGGUCGAUCGUCUGGUAUAUCGGCUCGUUCGGCGGCCUUGUCGCCUUCUUCCUCAUCGUCAGCUGCUCGGAGUGGUGCUGCCGUCGAGGCGCCCGGCCCCUCUCCGUCCCUUAUACUCAGCGGGGCGAGGUCAUGAGCCCCGGCGUCCAGCCAGCUGGGGAGUCGCCGCCGCCGCCGUAUCACCUCUUCGCCCCGCCCCCUUAUGACUCGGUGAACUACGCCGAGAUCGCCUCGGAUAAGGGGCCCGCACCGGAGAAACUCGAUAUCUACGUGAUCUCGCUGCCGAUUCACCAGGGACAGCAGCCGCCCGCGUAGAGGCACGUUCUACUGGUCGCCAAGUCGCGGCCCCUGGGCACGAGACUCCUGCUUAUGCUGCUCUCGCCGUCCUCGCCUUCGUCCGCGCCCGAGGCCGAAAGCCAGCCGAGCUCACGUCCGGUACG